GCAAAUGGACUGCUCCAUUCUACGAGGCUGACGUCAUCUCAUAAUGUCAAGUUACGAAAUAAUUGCCACGUUUCUCUAUACAUGAACGUGCUCUUUUUUGUGUACGUGUGGGCUUGCAUGACACAGUUGUGACCAAUCAAACACGACUGACCGCCGCGACAUCGCAACAAAUCAAUCACGGUUCUAUUUCACGGUGAACCGAGUUCCAUACACCGCAUUGCACGGUUCACCGUUGGCGGCGCUAUAACGCGGUUCUGCAGGCAAAAUGGCUGACGAAGAACGUGAAACAGCGUUUGUGCCGACGGAGGACAUGGACGAAGAGAUUUCAGAACUCGGCCCAAGUGAUGCUGACUCCGUUAAUACAAAGAAACAGAUUAAAUAUGCUGUCGCGCGGUUGGAGGAGUUUGCGAAGCACACGGGGACGUCUGUCGAAGCACUUACUGAUUCUGAACUGGAUAGUUUCUUGUCGCAAUUUUACGUCGCGCUGAGAAGGGAAAAUGGCGAAUUGUACACAAAGAAAUCCAUGCACGGAAUUCGUUAUGGACUUCAUCGCCAUUUCCAGUCGGUGAGAGGAAUCGACAUAAAUGAUGUGAAGGUUUUUGUUAACAGUUCCAGAGCGUAUAGGGCCAUGAUGGUGAAACUCAAAAUGGAAGGAAAGGGUUCGGUCAAGCAUAAAGAUCCGAUCACCAAGCAGGACAUGGCCAGGGUCAUUUCAUCACUGGACGUAAACACACCGCAGGGUCUUCAGGAUAAAGUGUUUGUAGACAUCAUGGUAUAUUUUGGAAACAGAGGAAGGGAAAAUCUUCGAGAAAUGAAGAUCACUGACUUCGUGCUUCAGAACGAUGGAGACCACAAAUAUGUCAUCCAUCGUGACAUGCUCGCAAGAGCAAAACGAGAAGAUGAAGCGUACAGUGGCGUCAUGCGUGAAAUUCCUGGAUCAAGUAAAUGUCCAGUUUCUACAUUUCUCGCCUUCAAGGAAGUCUUAAACCCUGAGGUUGACUGCAUGUGGCAACGGCCCAAACUCGAGGCCCCAACAAAGGGACCAUGGUACACCAACGCUCCCCUGGGGAUCAACACGCUUGCUACCAAGAUGAAAACCAUCGGUGAAAGAGCUGGUUGCAGUGUAAAAUACACCAAUCAUAGUCUGAGGGCUACAACUGUGACAGUGCUGGAUGCGGCCGGAUUCGUCAAGCAGGAUGUUCCACCCGUCAGGGGAAACAGACCCAGGCAGACGGAGAGACAAAGGAGUGCUCGCCUUGUGGCCAGAACGCCAGACAGUGACCUCGUCCCUGCGGAGGAAGAGCGGUGCUCGGACCAUGUGCAAGAGACAGGCAGAACCCAAGACGAGAUGGUUAAAAAAAAUGGCAUGGAAGUGGAUAAUCCUCUCAGCAAAUCUCCAAAGCACCCGGCGCUCUGUGAAUCCAGCUGCAGUGUAAACAGUGCUGCAUCAUCGCAUGGGCAUCAACAGGACUUUUCCCCAGGACUUCCUGGAAAUUCCACAAAUCUGCGAAAUUGCCCAGGGUUUCACGGCUGGAAGGAUGUUUGCUACUUGGAACCUCUCGUCAAAGAAAUUACCGGCUUGUCACUGGGUACCUUCAACCUUCUCCUCCCGUAUCUCCCUAAGGCUUCUCUAGUGCAGUGGGGUUUGUCUGCAGAGAACAAUCUUCUGGUGUUCCUCAUGAGACUUAAAAUGGCCACCCCCUUCAAGCAUCUUGCUGCUCAGUUUGGCGUGUCCCCGGCCACCGCUGAACAGGUAUUCAUUCUCAUCCUGGUUACCCUGACCGAUUUGACGUCCGGCCUGAUCCGAUGGCCUCCAAAGUCGGUUGUCCGGAGCACCAUGCCGGCCUUCAUCCGACGGAGCUUUCCACACUGCAGACUCAUCACGGACUGCCUGGAAAUCGAGACGGAGGCCCUGUCGCAGCUGUUUGACCAACUGCUGAUGAUCUGCAAGUUGGACAGUGCCUUCAAGGUGAAGGCACUCAUAGGGCUGACCCCUAGUGGCUACGUCUGCUUUGUGUCAAAGCUCUUUGGCGGCAGCAUCUCCCAAGACAAACUCUCCCAAGAGAGCUCCUUACAGUACUUUCUGAACUCCGGUGAUGAGAUACUCUCUUUGACGCCCGACAGGUAUCUCCCCAGCCUCCGAGGGAUCAAGGUUCACACAGCGCCCGUCUCUCCCCAGUUCCCCGAGGUGAGCCUCAUCUACCGAGAGGAUGCCGCCUCCCUGAACUGCCACUUUGACAAGCUGCAGCAGCGACUGCGAACAUUUGGGAUCCUGAGGUCCAAGGUGUCGCUCGAUCUACUUCCACACCUUGAUUCUGUGCUGCACAUCUGCGCUGCCCUUUCCAAUCUUGAAACAAUAUCUGGAGACGUAUGAAUGAAAACCUUUCAUGUCAUCACAUGAAAUACAUGUGCACAAAGGACAAUGUUACAGAGCCUUGCAUGGACAAGCAAUUUUAAGCUGUUGAUGGUGACAUUAACAACACAGAUCUUUUGGUCUCAUUUUGUUGAUUGUCAACAGGCCAUUAGCAGUACCAACAACAAAUUCAACUAAAGAUGCCAGUAAAUCUUGCCCAUUGCUUGCCCGGAAAAUGUUAAACUCCGCCCAAAAGUAUGGAUCAGCACACUGGAUGGGAACUCUUUUUUCCCAAUCGACCUUGCAAAAUUUGGCCGAUUUGGUCAUGAAGUUAUCUCUCUGGUCUUCUGUCGAAGUCCAUUUGUGAUUGGAAUUUUUACGCAAUGAGAGUAAUAAAGACUUCAACUAUUUAAAGU